AUGAAUCUGGGUUCACCGACAACAAGUCCAAAUAAUUCUCUCUCGCAUGGCACUGGUACACAAUAUCUUCCCGGAUUUCUGCUAGGGGAGAAUAUUCAAUCGCAAACCGCCACUCGGAUCGGCCCUUCCAUGAAUUCUCGGCCGAUGCAACUUUCGCCCACUCCUAUACCAUCACUAUCUACCGGGGAAUCGAAGCAAUCACAGCAUCACUUGAACGGCGGCAUUAAACAUUCAGAUCGAGUGGGGAAGCGUCUUGCUUCUCCCCCAACUCAGGGCUUGUGGUCUACCGUCCAACAAACUGUCCCAUCGCGACCCAACAACCCAUUGUCUGGAGUUUGGGAUACAAAUAGCAUCCGGCACAGCACGCCGACUGGCGCUGCAAUGAUUGAUACGGCGCAUGGCGCGGUUGGAGGCCAGUUUCGCUCCCCUUCCCUCCCAGUGACUCCUGGUAUGCGGGGUUCCAAUCCGCAACCUCGCUCUAUGUGUUUUGUCCAAUCUCCACUCGCAACAAACGACCGGGCCGGCAUCCUCACUCCAGACCGUUUGAUUAGCGUGCUCAAUUCACAACCAAGCUACCCGACGUGCCGUGCCUCAUUCAUUCUCGGCCAGUUCGCCCAAUUUGGCACAAUUGAGAAACACGUGAUCACUAACGAUGGCAAUUGGAUGCACAUCAAAUAUCAGAACAAGUUGCAAGCACGAAAUGCUGUCGGGCGAAAUGGUCGCAUAUUUGGCGACAACAUUAUGGUUGGAGUUAUGCCCUGCACAAAUCAGGAUGUUAUGUGCAACCGUGUCGUCGGCGCCCAAGCAGGUGAAUUUGACGUCGAUCGCGAGAACUCCUUCUUGGAUGUGAACUCUCCUGCACGCCCGCGUUUGCGCACCGGAACCCCACUAGGUGAUCAUUCACUGUUGAAAUCAAAUGGCGCUUCACGCAAUAUCAGUUUGAUGAACCAAAGCUUCGCUUCACCAUCCCAGCAUAAUCGACAAACAGGAGGCGUCGGAGUCGCUAGGCAUAGCUCGAUGCGUGCGCUUGCUGGAGACAAUCGGUCCGGUUAUCUGAAUAGAACCGCCAGCGUUCGUCAAAACAAAGAAUCCGGUCUACUAUCCAAGGCACUAGGCUACAUGUUCGGUUGGUCUUGAUCCACAAAUGUCAACGAUACUUCGGAUCAAAAUAACUGCAGAUUCACUACUUUUGCUCUCUGUAUAUGUUCGUUGAAAUAGAUGUAUUCUAUGGGUGAA